CUCCCUCCCUCCCUCCCUCCCCUCUCUCUCUCUCUCGCGCGCGGCGGUUGGAUUCCGUUACGGCGGCCGGAGCCACGCGACGCGCCUCCGAGCAUGGUGGAAUCGGUGGAGCUCCCGAGCCGGCUCGCGAUCCUCCCGUUCAGGAACAAGGUCCUCCUCCCCGGCGCCAUCAUCCGCAUUCGAUGCACCUCACCGAGCAGUGUGAAGCUGGUGGAGCAGGAAUUGUGGCAGAAGGAGGAGAAGGGUUUGAUUGGCAUUUUGCCUGUGCGAGAUGCUGAAGAGACGCCGUCUGUUAGCCCUGUGAUAUCUCAUGGUGUGGGAACCGAUUUAACUGAACGUAGCUCUAAAACUCAAGCUAGCUCAACAGAUUCUCACAAGUUAAAUGGGAAAAACCCACAGGAAGUUAUUCAUUGGCAUGCCAGAGGAGUUGCUGCUCGGGCUCUACAUUUGUCAAGAGGAGUGGAGAAACCAAGUGGCAGGGUCACAUAUAUGGUUGUCCUCGAGGGUCUAUGCAGAUUUAGUGUUCAAGAGCUGGGCACUAGAGGAACAUAUUAUAUUGCAAGGAUAACACCUUUGGAGAUGACAAAAGCUGAGAUGGAACAUGUGGAGCAAGAUCCAGAUUUUAUAGCAUUGUCUCGCCGUUUCAAAGCCACUGCAAUGGAGCUUAUUUCUCUACUAGAGCAGAAACAAAAAGCAGGUGGAAGAACAAAAGUUCUAUUGGAGACAGUUCCGAUACACAAAUUGGCAGAUAUAUUUGUUGCUAGCUUUGAAAUAAGUUUCGAAGAACAGUUAUGCAUGUUGGAUUCAGUUGAUCUGAAAGUACGCCUGUCAAAAGCAACAGAGUUAGUUGAUAGGCACUUGCAGUCAAUACGUGUGGCAGAGAAGAUCACACAAAAGGUCGAGGGACAGUUAUCAAAAUCCCAGAAGGAAUUUCUUUUACGUCAACAGAUGAGGGCAAUCAAAGAGGAACUUGGUGACAAUGAUGAUGAUGAGGAUGAUUUAGCUGCUUUAGAAGGUAAAAUGCAAAGUGCCGGGAUGCCUUCCAAUAUUUGGAAGCAUGCGCAAAGAGAGUUGAGGAGACUUAAAAAAAUGCAACCACAGCAACCUGGAUACAACAGCUCUCGUGUUUACCUAGAGCUUCUUGCUGAUCUUCCCUGGCAAAAGGCUACUGAAGAACAUGAAUUCGAUUUGAAAGCUGCAAAAGAGCGUCUGGAUAGUGACCAUUAUGGCCUGGUCAAGGUCAAGCAGCGGAUUAUAGAAUAUCUGGCUGUUCGCAAGCUUAAGCCAGAUGCGAGAGGGCCAAUAUUGUGCUUUGUUGGUCCACCUGGUGUUGGAAAAACUUCUUUGGCUUCAUCCAUUGCUGCUGCUCUGGGAAGAAAAUUUAUUCGAAUUUCUCUUGGUGGUGUAAAGGACGAGGCUGAUAUUAGAGGGCAUCGGCGGACAUAUAUCGGAAGCAUGCCUGGGCGUCUUAUUGAUGGAUUGAAGAGGGUAGCUGUUUGCAAUCCAGUCAUGUUGCUGGAUGAGAUUGACAAGACCGGGUCUGAUGUUCGCGGUGAUCCGGCUUCGGCUCUCUUGGAGGUUCUUGAUCCUGAACAGAACAAAACUUUCAAUGAUCACUAUUUAAAUGUGCCGUUCGACCUAUCAAAGGUGACGUUUAUAGCAACUGCAAAUAGACUGCAGCCUAUACCUCCACCGCUGCUUGAUAGGAUGGAAGUCAUUGAGCUUCCAGGAUAUACUCCUGAAGAGAAGCUGAGAAUUGCCAUGCAGCAUUUGAUUCCUCGAGUUCUUGAUCAGCAUGGAUUGAGCUCUGAAUUCCUUCAAAUCCCCGAGGCUGUGGUUACACUUAUCAUUCAGAGAUACACUAGAGAGGCUGGCGUCAGGAAUCUUGAGAGAAACUUGGCUGCCUUGGCUCGGGCAGCAGCUGUGAAAGUUGCGGAGCAAGAACAAGUUGUUCCAUUAAAUCAGGACAUGCACCGGCUGGCAUCACCAUUGGUGGAAAAUAGACUUGCUGGUGGAGGCGAAGUGGAAAUGGAAGUCAUACCAAUAGGUGAAAACAACCAUGAAAUAUCUAGCGCAUUAAACAUUGCCUCACCUUUGGUAGUAGAUGAGUCAAUGCUGGAAAAAGUACUUGGGCCUCCACGGUUCGAUGACAAGGAAGCUGCAGAACGCGUUGCAACUCCUGGUGUGUCUGUUGGUCUUGUUUGGACCAAUUUUGGUGGAGAAGUUCAAUUUAUUGAAGCCACAGCUAUGGUGGGAAAGGGUGAACUACAUCUCACUGGGCAACUUGGUGAUGUUAUUAAGGAAUCAGCACAGAUAGCGCUUACUUGGGUAAGAGCCAGGGCAGCUGAUCUCAAGUUAGCUAUUACGGAUGAAAUUAAUUUACUUCAAGGGAGGGACAUUCAUAUACACUUUCCUGCUGGGGCAGUUCCUAAAGAUGGACCCUCAGCUGGUAUUACUCUUGUAACGGCAUUGGUUUCACUUUUCGGUCAGAAGAGUGUUAGAGCAGAUACAGCAAUGACUGGCGAGAUGACCUUGAGAGGUCUUGUGUUACCAGUUGGUGGCAUUAAGGAUAAGAUUUUGGCCGCACAUCGUCAUGGCAUCAAGAGAGUCAUACUGCCGGAGAGGAAUUUGAAGGACUUGGUCGAAGUACCAUCAGCCGUGCUAGCCAAUCUGGAGGUAGUACUCGUCAAGAGAAUGGAGGAAGUGUUGGAGCAGGCUUUUGAUGGGGGGUGCCCCUGGAGACAGCACUCAAGGUUAUGACAGGUCCUGGAGUCCUGGAUCAUCUAGCAACUUUCCCGGGCGAUGCUCUUCACUGUAGCUUUCGUUCAAGCUACCCCCGUAACCUUUUGCCCCUUUGGAAAAUCAGUGGGACGAGAAUCCUUGAGCCAGAGGUUUCAUACGCUGUCUUCUCAACAAGUGCAUAUUUUUAGGAACCGCGGCAGUUUGUUGAAUCUGGCCUCGUCAGCUGGCCAUUGAAAAUGGCAUUUUCCAUUAGUCGCCCAGAUUCUCUCACCCCUAUCGAGCCUUUCGAGUUUCCUUUUGUGUCUGUAAUAUGAAUUCUGGCUUCGUGCUGUAUUUAUUAGUGUGGGGCAGAGCGUUUCCCCCUUCUGUUUUCCAACCCCCCAACCAACUUGUUUCUUA